AUGGUGUGGAAUCUAGCAAAGUCUGAGGUGACUCCUAUUUCCUCCCAUGAGAAUUGGAUGGCAUGUGAGAUCAAAGGUAUUGGCACUGAUUUAUGGUUCCCAAUUUUUAAUGUUUAUGGGUUGAUGAAGACUGAAGAUAAACUGAAAGUUUGGAAAGAAAUUACAAUUCAAGCAAACAUGGGUGGAAUAGAUAGAGCUAUCAUAGCAGGGGAUUUCAAUGCUUUGUUGGAUGUGGAUGAAAAAGAAGGGGGACUCAAAAAAUGCUCAAAAUUUAUGGAGGAUUUCAGAGAAUUCAUAGAACAAAAUAAGCUUAUUGACAUCAUACCAAAAAAUGGUAAAUUUACCAGGACAAAUAGAAGGCUAAAUUUCUCUAAAAUAUCAGAAAUAUUGGAUUGGUUUUUUGCUAGAGAGUGGUGGUGGUCUGGAGAUAGGGAAUUGGAAACAUGUAUUGUCCCACAAUGUGGCUCGGACCAUUUACCAAUCUUGCUGUCAAUCGGCAAGGAGAACCACAAACAUAGAGGAUACUUCAAAUUCCUUAGUAUUUGGUGGAGUGACCCUGGUUUCAUAGAAAAGCUUAGAGAAUGGUGGUUGGAAGGGAACAAAAUCAUAGGCACUCCAAGAUUUAGACUUGUCAAGAGACUACAUUGUUUAAAACACAAGAUCAAGAUAUGGAACAAAUUUUCCUUCAAAAAUAUCUUCUCAGAAAAAUUGAGAUUAGACGAAGAGCUCAAAGCACUUAAUCAAACGGUGAUGAUGGUUGGGAUGACCAAAGAGGAAUAUCUACUUGAAAAUGAGUUGAAAAAGGAAUACAAUGAAGUACUCAAAACAGAAGAAAUCUAUUGGAGGGACAAAUCAAGAAAACUAUGGAUGAUAGAAGGGGAUCGCAAUACUAAAUUUUUUCAUGCUUCCUCCAAAGCUAGGAGAAUUCACAACAAGAUCACUGCCAUCAAAGAUGAAAAAGGGCAAUGGCAAAUGGAUGAUGAGGAUAUUUAG